AUGAAACGCAGUGAAUAUUAUAGUAAAGUAAGGAUUCGCUGGUUAAUUUCAUUGAUGCUUCUAGGAAUAAUGUUUAUAAACUUCUUUCAAACAGAACCAGAAUGCUCAAAUCUCUAUUUCCGACGUUCAAAUAUCACAUUUAUCGAAGGUGUUGAAUAUUUAAAUGUUUCAGGUUCUAAGAUUGAUAUUCCCAACGAUUACAUUAUACACAAAGAGAAAGUUAUUGAAUAUGUUCCUCACGAUCCAAAUCCUCUAAUUAUUGACUCUCUUACUGAACAAUAUUAUCUUUCAAACCAUAUGAAUCUGACUACUCUUGAAGAAAUCAUCCAUUUCGAUGAAAAAUUGGACGGAACUUGGUAUUGUUUGAAAGAUUUAUACGCAAAUGUUUACGGAAGUUACACAGAUGGUUAUUCAGUGCUCGUUCCUUCGCAGUGGAAUUUCAGAGGCACUCAGAUGGAUCUCUAUGCCCAUGGAAGCGGUAACGUAUCCGACCAUUAUGAUUCAGUCAUUGCUUUAGGCAAUUUCGUUGUCACUUAUUACGGGCAUUGGUUUUUUGAUGUCCUCGCCCCUCUCAUGAUGUUCCCUGAUGAAGUUAUAGCCACAUCUUCGAUUAUUUUGGGAAAUACGAAACCGUACGUCUACGAGACCCUCUAUGCCCUCGGAAUGAAAGACAGUCAAUUUAUAACCAUAGAUCAGGGAGAUUGGAUCUUUGCUCACAAAUUAUACGUCGUGGCAGAUCCAGGGCCACAUGUAACACAUAUGGGAGCAGCGUUGACGAAAUUAUCAUCAAAACUGCUUAAAGCAUUCAAUAUCAAGGAAAAAGUUCCAACGAAAUACGUUCUGACAAAUAGGAAAUCUUCCUAUCGUAGAACUAUUCCAAAUUUAGCCGAAAUAUACUACAACAUAAAGAAAACAUAUCCGCAAUACGACUGGAUCAUUAUUCCAGAUAAUUUCCCAACUGUCAAAGAAACUGCUCGAGUUUGGUCAGAUAUCAAAGUCCUCUUUACGCCUACAGGAUCUAACCUCGUUAGAAUCUUGUUUAUGAUGCCAGGAGCUGUAAUUUGUGACGUACAAGCAAAUUACAACGAUUACGCAAUGGAAGCAAUCGCCAUUUGCAGGCAUAUCAAGAUUCUCGUGUUUGCUGUCCCUUAUACCGAUCAUUUCACUGAAAAACUCGACGUAAGUGUCGAAGAAUCGAUGAGAAUGAUGAAAGUUGUUAUGUACUGCGCUGAACACGGAGACUGGCCUGAAAAGUCCGCGGAAUACCAAUAUUAA